AUGAGUUUAUGCCGCCAUGCCAGUCGCGACAAUCUUGACCUAGCAAGCCGAGCAGGCACGCCCAGGCACUGGUGGCCGCUAAUCCCCGUGGACUACCUCAAGCCCGACCGCCCCAACCCCGUCACUCUGCUGGGCAUCACGAUGGUGGUGUGGAGGGACGCGGGCGGCAGGUGGCGCGUGUUCCGAGACCGCUGUCCGCACCGCCUGGCGCCGCUGUCGGAGGGUCGAGUGGAGCCGGACGGCUCGCUGUCCUGCGCGUACCACGGCUGGCGCUUCGAUGGUUCCGGAGCCUGUCGCCGAAUUCCGCAGGCGGUGGAUGCGGCAUCAGAGGCGGCGGCGUGCAGCAGCAGGCGGUCCUGUGCCACAGCCUACCCCGCCCGAGUCGAGUUCAACAUGUUGUGGGUGUGGCCCGACGCAUCGCCUGACGCGGAGGCUGCAGCGGCCGCUACCGAACUCGUCGUCAGCAACGACCUGCGUCGCAGGGACAAGCAAUUCAAGGAAUACUCGAGCAGCAUGGAAUCGCCACGUCCUUCGGCGUCGUCACAGAAGCCUCCCCUACCACUAGCAUGGUAUGUACGACAAGUGCCGUACAGCUACGAGAUCUGUAUGGAGAACGUGCUGGAUCCUUCACACCUACCGUACAGCCACCAUGGGCAUUCCCCGCAGCUGAAAAGGGACGUGCCCGCGUUAGCCGUGUUGCAACAGCUCAGGAUGGAUUUCAGCCAGCAACAGCCUCAAGAGCUGCUGCACAACCACCGGGAAUGUCUUCAGUUGGGCACGUGUAGUUUUGGUCGGCAGGGUCGAGCAACGUACGCAAUGAGCACAGAAACCAAGGUGCAGCGUUCUGUAACAUCGCCAACAUAUCCGGCGUCGAUCCCUUCGCAACCUCGCCAAGCUUUCAAGCACCUCGCGUGCCUCACAUGCUGA